CAUUGUUUACAAGCUGUACCUUUUUUGCAAUUUGCUUUCUUUGUCAGAAAAACUGUCAGGAAAAAUAUUAUUUUCACAUGCUAAUCGCUAACAAAUCAAGCUGAAAAUAGUGAAAAACGAAUAUUUCGCGUGGAAAUAACACUUUGAGAGUGUUAAAACUAAACUACACGGAGCCCUAGCAAGAGAAUAUCAAAAGUGAAAAAUUGUGAAAUACAACGCAGCUUCUUUGCACAAAUACAGAGACAACGACGAUAAGAGCAGCUUAAUAUUUAUCAACCAAGUUUCAAGGUGUCAAGAACGCGAAACUCGUGAACGCAAAACAAGCUAAUAAAUAAAUAAGCAAAAGUUAUCACAACGUAAAGGAAAAUAUACAAAUAUAAAAUGGUGCAAACAGGAAUCUCGCUGAACGAGCGUUUUACUCAAAUGCAAUCUCGCCAGGAUCAUCAGGCUCGUCCAGCCGCGCCGGCUCGUGGACGCCGUAGUCGUUCUCAGAGUCGCAGUCGCCGCAUUGUGGAUGCCACAGCAUCGGCGGCCAACACCCGACUGUUGCAGGAGUUCAAGAGGAAGCACACUGUUCAGACGGCCCUCAAACUGAAGCGCAGAAGCUUGCGGACAACUGCCAACGGCGGCAUCGGCGGCGGCAGCAACAUCAAAUCGCUCCGGAUGGGGCCCAAUGGAAGAGCCGUGCGCUCAAGCAACAGCACUCGCCUGGCAACCAUGCGCGCCGAUUUGAUUGCCAACAACGGUGGUGGACGACCACGUCGCAGCGGCAGCGUAUCCCGGCGUGCCAGCUCGGUGGCUAGAGCAGCAGGAGCAGGAGGACUACGCCAACGACUGGGAUUACGUCGACCCACGGUGGGUGGCGCAGCCGAGCGUGUGGCACAACGUCGCCGCGGCUUGCCCCGUCAGCAGCAGCAACUGCGGCAGCAGCCAGCCUUUUCACGCAGUCGUGAUCAGAGCCGCGGACGCGAUCAGAGUCGUGGCCGUUCGCAGAGCCGUGGUCGCUCGCAGAGUCGUGCCCGCUCACAGAGCCGUGGCCGCUCGCAGAGUCGCGGACGCCGUCCGCAGCAGCAGCAGGCAUUAGGCCAAAGAGUUGGUGGUGGUGGUGGACGUGCAGCAGGCCGAGUAUCGGUGAAGCAACGUUUGGGCGUGCGUCCAGGUGUGGCAGCAGCAGCUGGCGCAGGAGCAGCUGCCGGCAGACGACGUGGAGCGAGCCGUCGUCGUGACAACAACACAAGUCAAGUGCGCGGCGUUGCUGCCGGACGCAUUGGAAAGCGUCGCAAUUCGAACGCAGCACAAAAGGCAGUUGCCGUUGCAGCUGCAACAACUGCUGGUGGCCGCGGACGCAGAGGACGUGCACGUGGCAGAUCUGCUGUGCGUGCCGUUAAUGCUGCCACUGCUGGUUCUGCUGUCACACAACGCUCGCGCUCUCGCUCACGAUCUCGGGCACGUCAGGGAGGAAAUGCUGCUGCUGCUGCUGCGUCGCCAGCAAAUGGCGGCAGGCAAAAGGCUGCUGCAGGCGCACGUCGCCGUGGUCGCAGCCAACAGCGUGCAGGUGGCAAGGUUGCUAAGGCUGGUAAUAAAAAUGGUAACAACAACGGCAAGAACAAGAACAAUAGCGCCAACAACAAGAAAGGAGAAGCAACAGGAGCUGGCAAAGCAAAUCAGCAAGGUCGUCGUGGACGUAGUCGCAAUCGUGGUGGUCGCCCAGCUGCAGGUAAACCGCAGCGUGGCGAAGUUAAGCGUGAGGAUCUGGACAAGGAGCUGGAUCAGUAUAUGUCAACCACAAAAUCUGAAAUGGACUAUCUGUUGAAGUAGAAGAGUAGACUGCGACCACCAAAGAGUACACACCACCGCAUGGCAGAUUUCUAUUAGUUAAUAAGUUAUCUAUGUUAGUUACUAAUUAGACUGUAAGUCAGAGGCAACUUGAAUCAAUGCUCCUUUUUUAGUUGAAUGCUGCUACAAAGCAUUUCUGUAAAUAUCAAUAACAUUUAAGAGUAAAUCACGCUGUUUGCAUAAUUACAAUUGUCGAUUGUAUGGCAUGAAAUAUACAGUGUGCUUCUUGUUCAACUUAAA